AUGCCACAGUUGUCAGGCGGCGGUGGCGGAGACCCGGAGCUGUGUGCCACGGAUGAAAUGAUCCCGUUCAAAGAUGAGGGCGACCCGCACAAGGAGCAGAUAUUCGCGGAGCUCAGCCACUCGGAGGAGGAGGGAGACCUGGCGGACAUCAAGUCAUCCCUGGUCCAUGAGUCAGAAAGCAGCCCGAAUAGUAACGAUGCAGUUAGACAGUCCCAAAUACAAGAUUCGUAUCACGAAAAACACCGAGACCAUUCGGACGAUGGGAAGCAUCAGGAUCUGUACGGGAAAGGCCACCAAUACACGGGUUAUCCAAACUACAUCAUGAUGACCAACAUGAGCAAUGACUACAUGAGCAAUGGCUCCCUCUCGCCGCCCAUGCCUAGAACGUCCAACAAAGUCCCAGUGGUGCAGCCGUCCCAUGCAGUCCAUCCGCUCACACCACUGAUCACCUACAGCGACGAGCACUUUGCCCCAGGCCCCCAUUCCGGUCACCAUCAAGAUGUCAACAACAAAGGAAUGCCCAGACAUCACCCAGGACCAGACAUGCCAAACUUCUACUCCCUGUCUCCUGGAGGCAUGGGUCAGAUCACACCUCCUCUGGGCUGGUUCUCUCACCACAUGGUCCCCGGCCCCCCUGGUCCUCAAGCCACAGGGAUCCCCCACCCGGCCAUUGUCAACCCACAGAUUAAACACGAACCUCCCCACGAAACGGACCUCAUGCACAUGAAAUCUCAGCAUGACCAGAGAAAGGAGCAGGAGCCCAAAAGACCGCACAUCAAGAAGCCGCUAAACGCCUUCAUGCUAUACAUGAAAGAAAUGCGCGCCAACGUGGUCGCAGAAUGCACGCUAAAAGAAAGCGCGGCCAUCAAUCAGAUCUUGGGACGGAGGUGGCAUGCGUUAUCUCGGGAAGAACAAGCUAAAUAUUAUGAGUUAGCCCGCAAGGAACGGCAGCUCCACAUGCAACUGUACCCAGGCUGGUCCGCUAGAGACAACUAUGUAAGUACCAAAAGAAUGGACUGCAGAGGGGAAGAAAAAGAAGCGGAAGAGGGAGAAGAUGCAGGAAACGGCGACGGGUACAGGCCAGAGAAUGAAAACGGCGUACAUCUGAGAAUAUGGAGGAAAGCGGAACAACUUCUCCACAUGCAAAGCGAAGGCAGCAGCUCCGGGCCCUCUGCUUGA